AUCGCCGUGUCCCCGCAGCUCGCCAAGGACCUGCUGCACCCGUCCCCCGAGGAGGAGAAGCGCAAGCACAAGAAGAAGCGGCUGGUGCAGAGCCCCAACUCCUACUUCAUGGACGUCAAGUGCCCCGGCUGUUACAAGAUCACCACGGUGUUCAGCCAUGCCCAGACCGUGGUGCUCUGCGUGGGCUGCUCCACGGUGCUGUGCCAGCCCACGGGGGGCAAGGCUCGGCUCACCGAGGGCUGCUCGUUCCGGCGGAAGCAGCACUGAGCGCGCCGGGACCAGGAGACGGGAACCCGCCACUCCCUGCAGCCCCCGCCGCUUCCCAACAAUAAAUUUUGGAUAAAACA